AUGAAGUUUUUCGUCCAAGUCGAGGAGCAUCUGAACGGCCGAGCCUUUGGUCCUGGUGACGAGGUUCGGGGACGGGUAGAGGUGCCGGCCGACAUGGACGCAGCCGCUGCUGGCCGACGUGUGCCAGACGUCUCCGUCGUCUUCCAGGGCACCGUUCGCCUGUCCAUCGUCCCGCAGACGAGCCUGGAUGCCGUAGCCCAGGUGCCCAACGCAGCCAGCCAACGAACACAUACUUACACGCUCUUCUCGCACUCCGUCACAGCCACGCCCAAGCCGAGCAUCGCGACCGACGGCCGGAUCGUCUACACGGCACCCUUCACCUUCCGCUUCCCUACAAGCAGCACCUGCUGCGACAGCGGCUCAUCCUGCGCACUGCCACCCUCGAUCGACCUCAACACGGCCAAGGUCCACGCCAACGUCGUCUACAGCGUCACGGCCUCGGCCCGGCGCCUGAAGCAGAGCGGCCUGCAGCUGCUGCCGCAGUCGUGGCGCCGCCCGCUGCACGCGCAGCAGGUGCUGACCUUUGCACCAGACCUGCCGGUCACCGUGUCCUCGGCCCAGCCAGCUGCCGGAGAGGUCGACCAUGCCGUUAGUGCCGACGCCAUAGCGCUGUCGCGCAUGCACAUUCCCAAGACGACCUUUCUCGGCAACGGCAACGACGACGAUGAUGAGUCAAUACCGCACACCCUGCCACCCCCCUACACGUCGUCCAUGGCGCAGGCACUGGAGCUCGUGAUGCCGCAGCCGGCCGUCAUUUCACCUGGUAGCGGAGGCGUCGCGCUGGGCGUCUUUUUGCGCACGCCGGCCGACCUGUUGCCACCCGGCAGCUCGGGCGCUAUUCUCCGCGGCGUCCGCGUGCAGCUGCGCCGCGAGACGGCUGCGCGCAUCGGCAGCUUGGUGGCCCGCGCAGCACCCGUCAGCUGGCCGCUGUGGUCUGUUGAGGGCGCCGUGCCUAUGGGUCGGGAACGCGUCGACAUUACGGCAGUCUGUGGCGGUGUCUGGGCAACGCAGUGCUGUGUGCCGGCGGCUGCUCGUCCUAGCUUCCGCUCGUGCUAUCUCUCGCAGUCAUACACCAUCGAGGUUGAGGUCAGCGUGUCGGCCUCCCCGAACUCGACAGACAUACGGUAUAUCCAUUCAUCAAUCGAUGUCGUCGUGUCCGAUCCGCCGCCAGAGUACUGCACCCAGACGACAAGCGUCCCAAAUCAAGACCCGUACAGCACUGUCGACCUACAAGUUGGGAUGGGGGCCCCGUCAAAUUGGUCUAGCCCUUCCGUAGCGGAGGGCGGACAUGCUGAGAUGGAGCUCCAGCAAGCUGCCCGCGAUGGGUCAAGCCGCCAUUCUGGGCCCCAUUAUGAGGGCUACACACCCGACCGCUUUGAAGAUCUCAAUGAGGUCCGCAGCCCGCCUCCGGUCGAGAACCCGGACGAGGCGGCCACAUACCGGCACCGCAGCAUCGAAGAGGACGUUGAGGACGAGCGGCGCCGGUGUCGGAAGCCAGAGUCAAAGCACGCCAGAGUCCACGCUCCUCGCACCGAGCUGUACACUGUCGGCCACCUCGUCUUCUUCUCGCUGCUCGGCACGCUGGCCCGUCUUGGCCUCGACGCGCUGACCAAUUAUGCUGGUGCACCAGUCACCUUUGGCGUGCUCUGGUCCAACUUUGCCGGCACUGCCGUGAUGGGCUUCUUGGCUGAGCUGGCGCCCGCCAUCAAUCGGCACUUGGCUGUGGAAAGUACUCCCGACAGUCGCAAUGUCGCUGCAGCUGCAUUGUCGUCUCCUUCGGCUUCAUCACCAACACCAUCGCCAUCGCCAUCGCCAUCGCCAUCGCCAUCGCCACCACGGAAACUCCCUCCAGUGCCGCUGUAUAUCGGCCUAGCCACCGGCUUUUGCGGUUCCUUCACGUCCUUUUCGACCUUUAUGCUAGACGCCUUCGAGGCCAUGGCCAAUUCGCUGAAGGCACCACGCUACCACCAAAAUGAGGGCGGCUCGUCCUCGCCCGUCUCUCGGGGCGUCGGCGACGACAUAAUGGCUCUGCUCGCCGUCCUACUGCUGACCAUCGCCAUGUGUGCCUCGGCCCUCAAGAUGGGUGCGCAUCUAGCCGUUUUUGUCGCCCGCUGGUGGCCCUUGCCGCCUCCUCCAUCGCCACACUCGUCCUCGGCCUGGUCGCGCCACUUCCGGCUCGGCCUCAAUGCCUCCGCCGUCUUUCUCGGCUUCGGCUGUUGGCUGGGCGCUGUCCUCAUGGCCAUCUUCCCUCCUUAUGGCACCGGCUUCGGCAGCUGGCGUGGUGACGCCGUCUUCGCCCUCGUCUUCGCCCCGCUUGGAACCCUACUGCGCUUCGGCCUUGGCCUGCGGCUCAACGGCAUCUUCGCUGCCUUCCCCCUCGGCACCUUUGCCGCCAACGCCAUCGGCACCGCCAUCCUCGCCAUGGCCUGGGACCUGCAGCACGCCCAGCCGUCCACUGGAAUCGCCACCAGCAUCACCGCCUGUCAGCUGCUCCAAGGCGUCCUCGACGGCUUCUGUGGCUGUCUCACCACCGUCAGCACCUGGAUGGCCGAACUGAACGGCCUGCGUCGGCGCCACGCCUAUGUCUACGGCGCCACCACCGUUUCCACUGGUCUCGGCCUGCUUGUCGUUAUCGUCGGCCCUCUGCGCUGGACUGUCGGCUGGCACGAGCCCACGUGUCAAGGGAGGUAG